AUGGCCGCUACCAACGAGCCCGCAGAUCCAAUUGCCAGGGGUAUCUUCGCUACAGCUAAACAGUCCUGGUGCGAUCUCUUCACGUGGAAACAGAGAGUGGUUGUCACCAAUGAGUUCGGGGAGACGCACACAGAAUGGCAAGCACCUGAGAGAUUAAAGGACCCCGUGAGUCUCCUGGCCCAGCUCAGUAUCAAGGACUGGCUCUUCUUCAUCGUCGGUUUCGCCGCUUGGACCGCCGAUGCCUUCGACUUUCAUGCCCUGUCAAUCCAAACUGUCAAGCUUUCGAAAUACUACCACCGCUCUAAGACCGAUAUCACAACAGCUAUCACACUGACUCUGCUUCUCCGUUCUGUGGGCGCUGCCUUCUUUGGUCUUGCGGGAGACAAAUUCGGUCGGAAAUGGCCCAUGGUUGUCAAUAUGAUCAUUCUCGGCCUGCUCCAGAUUGCUACAAUCUACGCUGGUACGUUUCAGCAGUUCCUUGCUGUGCGUAGCUUGUUUGGUCUCUUCAUGGGAGGGGUCUAUGGCAAUGCCAUUGCCAUGGCUUUGGAAAACUGCCCCGUCAACGCCAGAGGUCUUAUGAGCGGUAUCCUCCAACAAGGUUAUUCGUUCGGCUACGUUAUUGCGGCUUGCGUAAACCUCGGAGUAGGGGGAUCCACUGACUCAUGGAAGACUGUCUUCUGGGUUGGUGCUGGUAUUUCUAUCGGGGUUGGUCUGGUCCGGAUCUGUUUCCCGGAGUCGAGGCAAUUCAUUGAAGCUCGAAAGGCUGGCCACAAGGCUAAGGCUCCCGGCUUGUUCUGGAAGGAGACAAAGCGUAUGCUGAUUCAAGAGUGGAAAAUGUGCAUCUACUGUAUCAUUCUCAUGACCUGGUUCAACUACUACUCGCAUACCAGCCAAGACAGCUACACAACCUUCAUGCUUACCCAAAAGCAUCUCACCAACUCCCCUGCGACCCGCGCUUCGAUUCUCAUGAAGACUGGUGCCUGCGUUGGCGGCACCAUCAUUGGCUAUCUUUCCCAAUUCUUCGGCCGUCGCCGCACCAUUAUCGUCGCCGCAUUUAUGUCUGCCUUAAUGAUCCCUGCUUGGAUCCUUCCCGAAGGCGAGCGCAACCUCUCUGCUUCCGGCUUUUUUAUUCAAUUCUUUGUCCAAGGAGCUUGGGGUGUCAUCCCAAUCCACUUGAACGAACUGUCCCCUCCUGCGUUCCGAUCUAGUUUCCCGGGUAUUACCUACCAGAUCGGAAACAUGAUCUCAUCUCCAUCCGCGCAAAUUGUGAAUGCCAUCGCUGAGAAUACGAUGAUUACGACUAGCAAAGGUGUACAAGCGCCAGCUUAUGGCCCUGUAAUGGGUAUCGCAACCGCCAUCAUUGCCACUGGUAUUAUUGUGACCACAGCCCUGGGGCCCGAGAAACGCGGUCGUCAUUUCGAGACUGUUGGCCCUCCCGGCGUCGAGAUCAUCGCGAAGGAUAUCGAGGAGGGCAUCGAGGACGAGAAGAACGAGAUGAAGGAAAUUGAAGUUAAAGAGAAGGCAUAG